CGGAAUUGGUAGCUACCGGCUUCCGGGGAGCUUUCCGUCCGUCCGGCUCUGCGGACUCAAGGAGAGAAAGGAAGAACAGCGUUCCACACUGUAACUACUCUUUGGAAGGAAAAUCAUAAAUAUUUCUACACAGGUCCACAUCUGCCUCCCCAUGCAGAACCCCAUGAAAUGAAUAAAGCACCACAGCCUAUAACGGGACCCCCCUCUGCCCCCCAUCCUGCACCCUCCCCUGGUCUUUCACAGCCCUCCUUCCCCCCUGGGCAGCCUCCUGUUGUGUUUGCUUCCCCAGCACCACCUCAAAUGAACCCCACGCCACAGCCCCGACAGUUUGCCCCUGGGCCCCGACCUUUACACCAACAGGGAAGCUUCAGAUCGCUACAGCCCUACUACACCAACAGGGGCAGCCUGCCUCCCAGCAGCGGGCCCCGAGGCGUCCCAUCCAGCAACGCUCCUCGACCUGUGACACCCACCCAUGUUUACCAGGCAGGCCCUGGCUCCCAAAUGAUGAUGAUCCCCCAGCAGCAGUUAUCAUUCCCCAGCUCACCACAAGGGCCAGCCUACUUUAUAGGACAGUACCGGUCACCAACUUACGUGGCCACCCCCCAGCAAUACUCGGUCCCAGCUGGAACCCCAGGUUUCUACCCAGGCACCAGCCCUGCUGAAUAUGGUACUUAUGGGACCUACUACCCUGCACAGCCUCCAUUCCCCACCUCUGUGCAGGCGGCACCCGUCAUUAUGAACCCGGCCCCUCAACAACAGCAAGCACCGCCUCCGCCUUCUCAACACAUCCCCACCAAACGGGAACGCAAACAGAUCAGAAUAAGAGAUCCCAACCGAGGAGGCCAGGACAUCACGGAGGAGAUUAUGUCAGGGGGCCGCAGUGGCUCUACCCCAACGCCCCCACAGACAGCCGUAUCUGGGUCAGAUAAUACGCCGCUGCCUCAGGCCAAUGGUGAGAGUAUUUCAGGUGCUUCUACAACGAAUGUGGUUAGACCAGAUGACGGAGGGAAGCUUACGCCACCUUCCUUGUCACAGACCCCUGAGCUUCCUAAGGUUGACCCCAUCCUCACUGAAACCCUGUCCGCUGUUACUAAGGUGUCUGCCCCCCCUCCUCUCUCAGAAUCCAUAAACGCCCCCCUCAGCAACCUUGGACCUUCUGCUCCUGCUGCAGAUGUGAUGGAUGCUCCCCCCCCACCUAGAGGACCCACACCUACCCCCCCAUCAGCUCCUGAGGUCCCUGCCUACCCUGCACCCCUUCCUGACCUUGUCCCCACCUGUUCUGCACAGAACAAAACAGAAAACAUGGACCAUGAAAUAAAAGAAGAGGAAUCCAGAGAGGAAGAGACUAAAAACGAUGAGGUAAAAGCCUCUUCAGACUUUUUAAGCACCCAGACCCCCAGCUCUAACGGUGUGGCAGGCAUGGAGCUGGAAAAGUCAUCAAUUACUUCACCUCCCACUCAAUUGGAGGACACACUAGAAUCUCCCAUUGCUCAGCCUGAGGAGCUUCGUUUGCUCAACGGCCUCCCACUCCCAGGUCCUCAGAACCAGGUCCCCCAUGGUUCUGCUGUCAACACGUCUGAGCGCGAUGACAGUCCUAUAGCUGAACCGGAUUUAAGUCAGCAGUCUGUCGCGCAUAGCUCUGUUGCUGAUGUCACUGCGAAACAAACUGAUAUGGCCACACCCACAACUGUUGACCAAUUAGCAUCUGCUCCUGCUGAUGAAGAAGUUCCUGUCGAAGCGGUCAUCCUGGCAAAACCCUCUCAGUCAGAGGUACAGGAUGUAGUUACCAAGGUUGUCCCUGAGGUUGAGGAAGAUGCUUCACAGCCCCAGACCGAAGCCAAGGAAGAGACGGCUUCUCCUACAGAGAAAGUUUCCUCAGCUGACAACACAUCUGAGACAGUGUCUGGUUCUCCUCCUCCCACAGCAGAGGACAAGGAGGAGGCUCCCAGUCCGCCCACUGUCACCCCAUCCCCUGUAGAAACUACUAUGCAAGCUGCUGUGUCUGUGCCAAAGAAGAAGAGGAAGAUGAAGGAUCUGAACAAAAAGGAGGCGGUUGGAGACCUAUUAGAUGCCUUUAAGGAGGAGCAGGUAGUUGGCCAACCUGAGCCUGAGCCAGCCCCUGCCCCUCCACCAGAGCCAAAGCCCCCAGUUGCAGCCCCUCCUGCACAAGAGGAGGCCGACAUGACCUGGGAGGAUAAAGAGGACAAGCUGGAUGCCGAGAACCUUCAGCCAGCCGCCACCGACAAGAAGUACCAGUACAAAGAGGAACAAUGGAAGCCAAUUAACAAAGAAGAGAAGAAUAAAUACGACAGAGAGUUCCUUCUUGGGUUCCAGUUCAUCUCUGCUAGUAUGAACAAGCCAGAGGGUUUACCAGCCAUCAGCGAUGUCGUCUUAGACAAGGCAAACAAGACUCCUCUUCGCCAACUUGACCCCAGCCGUCUCCCAGGGAUGAACUGUGGUCCUGACUUCACUCCCUCCUUUGCCAACCUUGGCAGGCCUGGAAUGGGAGGAGGAAGCAGAGGACCUCCCCCUGGAAUGGGCGUCGGAGUUGGUGGGCCCCGACGCUCUCAGCAAGUCCAGAGGAAAGAGCCAAGGAAGAUCAUCACUAGCAUGUCGCUCAGCGAUGACGUGCAGCUAAACAAGGCAGAGAAGGCUUGGAAACCUUCAGUAAAGAAAACUACUCUGACCCGGGAGCCAGAGGAGCCGCAGGAGAAUGAUCCAGAGCAAAUAAAAACCCUGGAGCUGUUUAAGAGGGUCCGGAGUAUCCUCAACAAACUCACCCCACAAAAGUUUCAGCAGCUAAUGAAGCAAGUGCAGGAACUGACUGUCGACACGGAGGAGAGGUUGAAAGGUGUGAUAGAUCUCACCUUUGAGAAGGCCAUCUCCGAGCCAGACUUUUCUGUGGCCUACGCAAACAUGUGCCGCUGUCUUUCAGGGCUGAAAGUCAUAACCCCUGAGAAGUCUGGUCCCACUGUGAAUUUCCGCAAGCUGCUGCUAAACCGAUGCCAGAAGGAGUUUGAGAAGGAUAAAGAUGAUGAUGAGAUCUUUGAGAAGAAGCAGAAGGAGCUGGAAGCUGCCUCAGGGGAUGAAGUGAAGCAGCGGCUAAUCGAGGAGUUGAAAGAGGCUAAAGACAAGGCCAGGCGGCGCUCCAUGGGGAACAUAAAAUUUAUCGGUGAGCUUUUUAAGCUCAAAAUGCUCACAGAGGUGAUCAUGCACGACUGCAUUGUAAAGCUGCUCAAAAACCAUGAUGAUGAGUCUCUGGAGUGCCUGUGCAGACUGUUGUCCACCAUCGGCAAAGACCUGGACUUUGAGAAGGCCAAGCCUCGGAUGGACCAGUACUUCAAUCAGAUGGAGAAAAUAAUAAAGGAGAGGAAGACCACCUCCAGGAUCCGAUUCAUGUUACAAGAUGUGCUGGACCUCCGACGGAACAACUGGAUACCCCGGAGAGGCGACCAGGGACCCAAGACCAUCGACCAGAUCCACAAAGAGGCUGAGAUGGAGGAACACCGGGAGCAGAUGAAGGUGCAGCAGGCUCUCAUAUCCAGGAAGGAGUCUGGUGGGGGCCCAGGAGGCAGAAUGGGUGAUAGAGGCCCCGGAGGUCGAGGUGGUCCUCACACCGCAGGUCGUGGAGCCCCGCCUCAGGAUGAGGGCUGGAACACAGUCCCCAUCUCCAAGAACCGACCGAUUGACACCUCUCGCCUUAGUAAAAUCACUAAGACUCCUGUUCUUGACUUCAACAAUCAGCUACUGGCCCCUGGAGGUAAAGGCACCUGGGGCAGCUGGGGGAAGGGCAGCAGUGGUGGCACCAGUGCCAAACCUUCAGAUUCUGGGUCAGAGUCUGGAAAUCGUCCAGCCACCAGCACUCUGAACAGGUUCUCUGCCUUGCAGCAGCCUUCAUCCUCCUCACUAGAGUCGGACAGAAGAGUGCCUCAGAGAAACAGCUCGAGUCGAGAGCGUAGCGACCGUUUUGAACGCUCUGAUCGAGGUGGCGAGCGCUUCGACAGACGGGACGACCGAAGAGAUGACCGCAACCGUAUACAAGUCACCAAACGGAGCUUCAGCCGGGAGAAAGAGGAACGAAGCGGGGAAAGGGAGCAGCGUGGAUCAACUGAUCCCGUCCGCCGUGUGGCGAGUGUGACUGAAGAGCGAGACCGAGGCAGUGGAGAGCGAGCCAGGAGCAAAGAGCAAGUGAAACGGCAGGCAGCUGCCACGCCCCCACCACAGCAGACCCCUGCAAAGCCUGCGCUGACAGUUGACGAGAUGGAGAAGAAGUCCACAGCCAUCAUCGAGGAGUACCUCCACAUCAACGACAUGAAGGAAGCCCUGCAGUGUGUGCGGGAAAUGAACAGCCCUGAGCUGCUGUUUGUGUUCGUACGGAACGGACUGGAAUCGACGCUGGAGCGCAGCACCAUCGCCAGGGAGCACAUGGGCCAGCUGCUGCAUCAGCUCAUUAAGACCGGCAUCCUCCCAACACAGCAGUACUAUAAAGGGUUUCAGGAGAUCCUGGAGGUGGCUGAAGACAUGGCAAUAGACAUCCCACACAUCUUUCUCUACCUGGCAGAACUGAUCACACCGAUGUUGCAUGAAGGAGGAAUUCCCAUGGGAGAACUGUUCAGGGAGAUCUCUAAGCCUUUGAUCCCUAUGGGUAAAGCUGGAGUCCUCCUGGUCCACAUCCUUACUUUGCUGUGCAAAGAAAUGAGCCAUAAAAAGGCUGGUACCAUGUGGAGAGAGGCCAGCCUUGGAUGGACAGACUUCCUGCCUGAAGACGUGGACGUCAACAAGUUUGUGACAGAGAAGAACGUUGAGUUUACUCUGGGCGAAGAGACGGAGAAGAGCAGGAAGGAGAUGAGCUCAGCAGAGCUGACCAAACAGCUGGACAGACUGCUUCAGGACAAGGCGGACAAUGAGAGGAUCUUUGACUGGAUCGAGGCCAACCUAGAUGAGCAACAAAUGUCCUCCAGCAUGUUUGUCCGAACACUGAUGACCUGUGUCUGCCAGUCAGCUAUUAUCUGUGAGAACCCGUACAAAGUGGAUGGUGAAGUAAUCAAGCAGAGGGCCAAGCUGCUGCAGCGGUACCUGAAGGACGAGCAGAAGGAGCUCCAGGCUCUCUAUGGCCUGCAGGCCCUGAUGGUGCAGAUGGAGCAGCCUGCCAAUUUGCUUCGGAUGUUCUUCGACACCCUUUACGACGAGGACGUGAUCAAAGAGGAGGCCUUCUACAAGUGGGAGUCGAGCAAAGACCCCGCCGAGCAGCAGGGCAAGGGCGUGGCCCUCAAGUCAGUCACCGCCUUCUUUACGUGGCUCCGAGAAGCUGAGGAUGAAUCCGACAACAGCUAGGAGAGCUUCAGGGAACUUGAAAGAUCCCGGGGAGGGCGGGGAACGUUUCGUGGACUAUUUAGACUAUUUAGAAGCGCCUGACUGGGUAAAACCUUCUGCAUAAACAGAAAAAAUGAGAAAAAAAUUCUUCAAAUGGGAGAGAUUGUAUUAUGGAUCGAACAUUCGGUCAUUUUCUUGGUUCCUUUUUUUUGUUUUGGGGUUUCUUGUAUUUACCCAGGCAACAGAAUGUCUUUUUUCUGAUAAGAGAACUACAGGAUUAAAUAGAGGAUAUAUAAAAGAGAUGAUCAUUACAAGCUGUUGGAGAUGCUGCAGUGAUGUUUGAGCUUGUUAGCGAAUGGCUUUUCAUCAACAGAGCAACACUAUUUAAAGAGUAUUUGCCUAAUGAGCGAUAAAAAGAAAAGCUAAAUGCUGAUCCCAUCUAUAUUUUUGAUGAGUUCAUCUUUUAUCAUGUGGGCCGGCCGCAGCCGCUCUGCGUCUGAUCUGCAUGGUGCGCUUACGUAGACAAGUAGCUUUUUAUUCUUUCCAGUGUUGGGCUGAGUGGAGUGAGCGUUUUUAUAAUAAAAAUAACAAAACUACAAAGAGAAGCAGCGAGGGACGUCUGACACAUUUCAGAUACGAGCGAUGGUUGUGGACUUAAGACUUGAACUGGACAGUCUGUUUGAGGAAAGAUGCGAUGCGCAUUGUUUCGCCGGCUGUGGCGGCAGGAUGACGAUGCCUCCUGCAACACCCGUUGAACUACAUCCCGACCCUCCGAUGUAACUGUCUGGCUUGUUUCCUUCGCUUUCAGAAACACAAACUGUGGACUGAGAAAGAACCAGUUUGCAGCUGCAACCUCCAUCCAGAGCCUGUUAUCGGAUUUUAAGAAGAAAAAUAUCACAGAUAAAACUUGAAUAAAAUCACUUUCAGAUGGGACUUAAAAAAAAAGUUUAACUGCAAAUUCUAAAGCCUUUUGUUGCUUCCAUGAGUGGGAUUUGAGGAGGGCUUUGUAAAUAUAAGAUGGCUAGUUUUUCUGCUUUUUUCUUUUCAAAGAAAAAUACUAAUGUAACCCCUCUCCUCUGAAAUGAAGCUUCAGUUUUUCCCUGUAUUUAUAUUUUUCUCUCCUCAGUUGCCAGAAGGUGCUUGUAAUUACCCAACCCACUGAUUACAGUUUAAUUGAAAAUUUGUAAAUACUUUUUUGCUUUACUUUAUUAAAAAGAUAUUUAAUUAAAGAAAAAUGAAAAAGCA